AUGCCUACACUACCACCAGAAGAAUACUUUGAUAAUUAUGUUUUGAGACGAAGUGGUUCACUUGAUCAGUUGGGUUCGCCUAAUUGGGCUUUAUCAUUAUGUUUAUUAUUGGCUUGGAUUCUUGUUGGUCUAUGUAUUAUACAAGGUAUUAAAUCAUCGGGCAAAGUUGUUUACUUCACUGCAUUGUUUCCAUAUAUUGUCAUCUUUGCUUUGAUUAUUCGUGGUGUCACUUUACCAGGUGCUCGAGCCGGUAUCACAUAUUACUUGAAACCUAAUUGGAGUAAAAUUCGAGAACUUGAUGUUUGGAUUGCAGCUGCUUCUCAGGUUACAUUUUCUUUGUCCAUUGCAUUUGGCCCACUUCUCGGUUAUGCUAGUUUCAAUAAAUUUCAUGCAAAUUAUCUUAGAGCUUGCAUUUUUGUUACUGCUUGUGAUUGUUUUACUUCCGUUUUUGCUGGUUUUGCUAUUUUUUCAAUUCUUGGUUAUAUGUCACUAAAAAUGGGUGUACCUAUCGAACAAGUUGCUAAAGCUGGCCCUGGUCUAGCAUUUGUGGCUUAUCCACAAGCACUAUCAAUUAUGCCUGGUGGACCGUUCUGGGCUGUAGUUUUCUUCUUCAUGCUACUUACUCUAGGACUAGAUUCUCAGUUUGCUUUCGCUGAUGUUAUAAUCUCUGGUUUACUCGAUACAUUUAAAAGUUUACGUCGUCAUAAAAUAUCUGUGACAAUCAGUUACUGUACUAUUUGCUAUUUGCUUGCAUUACCAAUAUGUGCACCGGGUGGUAUUUAUAUAUUUACAUUGAUGAAUGAAUAUGCAUCUAAUUUAUCAGUAUUCGUGUGUGCGUUUAUUGAAUUUGUGCUUAUUGGCUAUAUUUAUGGUUUCAAUAAUUUCAUGGAAGAUAUUCAAAUGAUGUUAGGUAAAAGACCCUUAGAACCAUUCUGGUUUUUUACUUGGUGUAUUUCUGGUCCAAUUAUUACUCUAAUCGUACUUUUUUCAAUGGUUGUUCGAUUUCGCACACCAACCGAAGGUAAUUAUGAAUAUCCACCGUAUGCUAAUGCUCUGGGUUGGCUCAUGGUUUGUUCAUCAAUCAUUUUUAUUCCGAGUAUUAUGAUAUAUGAACUGAUCAAAGCAUGGAAAAUAACAAGCAAUCCGAAUUAUCCAGUUGCUGGAAAUAUGCCACAGUACUUGCGAACAUUGGUUUAUGCAAGUGAACCCGAUAUGGAAUGGGGACCAGCGAAAAAUGAAAAUAGAAGUGGUCGUUAUACACCAAAGAUUGAUCAGCCAACAUCCAAAUAUGAACCGGAUAUUAACAAUGAUGACACUACUUUGACUACUGAGGCUGCAAAUAUUUUUCAUUUAGAAUUAGAAUUAUGA